AUAAAAUCCCUACCCCAUAAUAAACUCCAUUCUGCGUUCUCUUCUUCUUUGAGUUCUUUCCAUAUAUAUACCCAUUUUCUACUCCGAAAAAUAAAAACAGGGAAAAUGACGACGACGGCCCAAACCCGCCGCCUUUCGUCGGCUUCCAAUGCAGCGGCGAAGAGGCAAGCAGCGGUUCCCGAGAACCGUCAUGGGAAAGUCACGGCGGCUGCAGAGCACCGCCUCACCCAUAAACGCCCCGCCCUGUCCAACAUCACUAACCAGAGGACCGGCUCUCUUGUUGCGCCGCGGAGCACCUUUUCCGAGUCGUCAGGCCUUAAGCCCUGCACAUCGAAGAAUGUUUGCAUCAAGAAGAGUUCUUCAAGCCUUACGGGUAAUGGUGGAUUGUUUGGGACAUCCAUAUUACCACCAGCAGCUUCCACCUUCGUGAAACCUACUAGCAUUGUCAUCCCCAGCAGUAAGAGUGCAUCUGGUAUUUGGAGUGAUGCAAAAGUCUUGCAGAAGACCACCACCACCACCCUGCAUAAGUCUCUAGAUGCAGAGUCAGAUGAGUUGUCUGUUUCCAUGGAUGAGUCAAUGUCUCCCUGUGACUCACUGAGAAGUCCAGAUGUUGAAUAUAUUGACAACAAUGAAGAACUCCAUUCCAUUGAGAAGAAGACAUCAAGUGCACUCUUCAUUUCAGAACAUGAAGAAGCUGCUGCAGCAUCAGGAUGUUUAUGCGAGAGAGAUAUGGCUGUUGACGAAGACAAUGAUAUAGAAUCAAGGGAUGGAAUAAUUCGUGACAUUGAUGACAAUCUUGAGGACCCUCAACUCUGUGCAUCCAUCGCCUGUGAUAUCUACAAGCACUUGCGAGCGUCUGAGUUGAAGAAACGGCCGUCUUCAGAUUUCAUGGAAAAGGUUCAGAAAGACAUAAAUGCCAGCAUGCGAGCAAUUCUGAUUGAUUGGCUGGUUGAGGUUGCUGAGGAGUACAGGCUUGUGCCAGAUACCUUAUAUCUGACUGUGAAUUACAUUGAUCGCUAUCUUUCUGGCAAUGUAAUGGAUAGGCAACGGUUGCAAUUGUUGGGCGUGGCUUGCAUGAUGAUUGCAUCAAAAUAUGAGGAGAUAUGCGCACCUCAGGUAGAAGAGUUCUGCUACAUCACUGAUAACACAUAUUUCAAGGAGGAGGUGUUGCAAAUGGAGUCUGCAGUUUUGAAUUACUUGAAAUUUGAAAUGACAGCCCCAACGACAAAGUGCUUUUUGAGGAGGUUUGUCCGUGCCACUCAAGGAUUCAAUGAGGUCUUGUCACUGCAGUUGGACCACUUGGCCAGCUACCUUGCAGAGCUCUCUCUCCUCGAAUAUGACAUGCUUUCUUAUGCACCGUCACUUGUUGCUGCUUCAGCAAUUUUUCUUGCCAGAUUCAUGCUUUGCCCUUCGAAGAAACCAUGGAACACUACGAUGCGGCAUUACACUUUGUACCAGCCAUCCCAUUUACGUGAAUGUGUGAUGGCACUCCACAGCUUUUGCUGCAAUAGCCACCAUUCUAGUUUACCAGCUGUUAGAGAAAAAUACAGCCAGCAUAAGUAUAAAUUUGCAGCAAAGAAGUUUUGCCCUUCGUCAAUACCUUCGGAGUUCUUCCAGGACCUCUAAGAGAGAUGAAGUACCUGUUGUGUCCCAACACUUGGCCCAUUGUUAGCUGAGGUUUUCUUCUGUAUUUGGCGCAACUGCCUGCUGUGUAACAUACUGGUUGCUAAGUAGUCCAGUAGCCAUCUUUUUCUGUACUUGCAACUUGUGUAUAGAUGGGCAAGCCUCUAAACACUGAUUUGAAUCAGAAGAAGCCUAGUUUAGGUGUUGUUUUACUUCUGUAGUUUUAGUGUAUAUUGUAUAGCUAAGACAUUGCCGAUUCUUGACUCGUGUCACGCAUACUAAUGCUCUUUUAACAAGUGGUAAAAGAGAUCUAGCAUUGCCCAAAGUGUGAUGAAAACGGGACAGCUGAAAUGAACCCUUUUAACAAGACACAAAGGCUAAUUGCAACCGUCUUCAUCAAUAAAUUUCUCCGUCGAUAAAUCAAAUCCUUUCCGAAAAAUGUCAUUUUAUAUUCCCUGUUCUACACUUUUGAGUUAUUAUUACUACUUUAUUAA